AUGAAAUUUCCACUUUCUGAAGCAAAAAAGCCAAAAUACGAAUGGGACAAUAGGUGGAGAGCUCAUAAAGUUAUCUUGAAUGACUUUACAAAAAAGUUUACUGUGAUUUCAAUAUGUAAUUUUCUCGACAACAUUAUUAAGAAUAAAAUAAAUAAAUAUCAGCGAAUCCAACAUCUCAGUAUUGGAGAUGAAGAGCCUAUAUUCACUGGAAUACAUUCUUCACUUAGAGAGAGGAAAGAUGUACGACCAUAUUUAGGGAAAAUAUUGAAAUAUUUUAGAAAUUUAGAUUAUGUCAGCUUUGCUAAAUCAAACAACCAACUUGAUCUAAAAGAUAAAGACAGUUCUUAUGAUGUAAUGAAAGAUAUAGAUUUUGAAAUCCGAGGUCUCCGUUCUGAUUUUGAUGAUCAUGUUUUGUUUUUGGACAAAAAUUAUCAAGGUUCAUUUGAUUUCAUGUAUAAUAAUCUCAAAAAUUUGAAAUUUCACUUUAAACCAUCUCAUAAUACAAUAUGUAAGUUAAAUUGUGAAAAUGAUGUAUUUAAAUCUAUAAAUUUAUUCAACAAAAUCAAUUUAUUUAAAAAUCUUGAAGAAUUACAUCUUGCAUUUGGAGCACUCAUUGAUUUAACGAAUCCAUCAUUGAUUGAAAAGAUGAAGAAGAUAAACUGCAAAUUGAAAAAGCUCGAUAUAACCUAUUGGGGAAAACUCAGAUUUUCAGAUGAUUUCUGGGAGGAAAACAAUAAACAUAUUAACCCAAAACCUGGAAAGUGGUUAUUUACUUUAAACAAAUUUUUCGAUACAAAAGAAAUUAUCUCGUUGUCAUUAAAUUAUCAAAAAAAAACAUUUGCUAGGGAAGAAUUUCACUUUCUGAAACUCAAGUUUGAAGAAAUAUUGAUCAAAACAAAUUUACCAAAAUUAAGAAAUUUAGUUCUAUCAUCGUCAACUUUAGAUUUAAAAUCGAUUGAGGUAUCAAAAUUACAUAAAUUGAUAAUUUGUACUGAAUUUGCUAAUGACAUGUAUGCCGCUGACAUAGCUCGACUUUAUCUAUUGAAUCCAAAUUUAAGAUUAUCUUGGUGGCCCCGAUUUAUGGAACAGGAUGAUUAUACUAGGUUUUGCAUUUGGGAUAAUUUGCAAAUGUACACACCUGAUUAUUUUCAGAUAAUAUCCAGUCAAUGGCCAUCAUACUUUUUCACAAGUGAUAUUGUUUCAAUCAGAGGAAGAGGUUCAAUUUCUCAUAAAAAAGGUGUCUUUGACAAUGUUGAUGAUUCGAGGAAACUAAAUAUAGUUUUGAAAACCGAAUAUUCUUUAGAAGAACUUUUUGGAAUGGAUCUUUUUGAUACUGCAAGCAUUAACAGGUCUGUUCUUAAAGUUAUCAAGGAAAACGACAAUUCUGUUCUUAGAGUUCUCAGGGGAUACGAGCGUAAGAAUAUUUAA